GUCUUGUGAGACCAGACUCUGUAUCAUCAUCAUCCGUCAGCCUGCCUUAUCGGUGCCAAGAUGCCUUCUGCAACACAUCUCUACCAGUACUCCCAUGUCCAGGAGACAAAGGAGAACCUGGACUGGGCUGACCUUCCGACCAUCGACUUGGCCAAGUAUGGCACCCCCGCCGGCAACAAGGAGCUGGCCGACACCCUGAUCGAGGCCAUCCGGACCAAGGGCUUCUUUUAUGUGACCAACUUUGGCAUCGCGCAGGAGCGCGUGGACCGCCAGUUCGCUCUGGGUCAAGCAUUCUAUGAGCUGCCUCUCGAAGAGAAGGAGAAGUAUACGCCCGACCUGGACAACGGCAACUACAAUGGCUACCGCCCUGCUGGGAGAAGAAUCAUGGGUGGCGGUGUCGCGGACAAGACGGAGGUGUGGAACAUGGCCACAAACGAUGGUCGGAUCACACAGCCCCUCCCAAAGCUGCUGAACGAGAACAAGGGGGAGAUCGAGGAAUUCGCAAAGGACCUCCACGACCGCGUCCUGGACCCCUUGAACCACCUCAUCGCCCUCGCUCUCGAGCUUCCCGAGGACUUCUUCACCAACGUGCACAAGUGGGAGACACACGACGAGUCCCACCUCCGGUACAUGAAGUACUCCAAGUUCAGCGAAGAAGAGAUCGAGAAACUUGGCGACGGGCUCUGGUCUUAUGGCCACACUGACCUUGGCACAAUCACGCUCCUCUUCCGCCAGCCUGUCGCCGCGCUGCAGAUCAAGGACCACGCCACGGGCCAGUGGAAGUGGGCCAAGCCUCUGGACGCGAGCCUGACGGUCAACACCUGCGACGCGCUGAGCUUCCUGACGGGCGGGUAUAUCAAGUCCACUAUCCACCGCGUGUCUGUGCCGCCCAAGGACCAGAGACAUGUCGACCGUUUGGGCCUCCUGUACUUUGCGCGCCCGCAGAACGAUCUCGUGCUCAAGACUGUGGACUCGCCUUUGCUCAAGAGGGAAGGUUUCACACAGAAUGAGUUUGAGCAAGGAGGCCACCCGGUGCCGAACAUGGGCGAGUUUACCAAGUCCAAGCAGAUGUGGCAGCAGCAGAGGGGCAAGACGUACAGGAGUGAUCACGGGCAGGUGAUCGUGCCUGGAUUUGAGGGCAAGAUUAUCAACUAGAAAAGCACGCUUGAGAAAAUAUGGAACAGUUCAAGAAAUCUACACUGUUUCCGUGGGUGCUAUACAUGGGCGUGACCUAGUGUUUUGACAGCCCAGGUGAUGCACAUAGG